AUGCAUCUGCGCAUUAAUAUUAACCAGGGAUCUACUGCUGCAGCAGCAGAGGCGGAGAGAGAGGCAAGCGAGGCUCUCACUGUGGGGUCCCCCUCAUCGUCUAACUGCCACAUCUUGGCAACACCCGUACACCCGAUCCCUUCGGAUGAAGCAAUACUGGUUGCUUCCAAAGUCUCCGAAUGGGUUGGGGGCUGGCUGCUCUUUAGUCAGGCCGAGGCGACGAAUUUAAUAAUGCGAGGAGUAAACCUUGAACUCGUUUACCAGCAAAAGUCUGUAGGAAGCUGCCUCAAAGAAAACGAAGACGUGCUGCAGCAAAUGAUGCAGAGUGUUACAGAGGCCUCGACUACCUGCCGCCGUUUACUUAGGUGGCUAAGCGAAGGAUCGCGUGAAGCAGAAAAAUUAACCUUCUCAGUCGGUGAUAUCCUCGUCGUCGCUCAGCGCCCCAGAAAGGUGUUAGUGGCGUUUAGGGUCCUUGGCCGAAGUCGUUCGGUCUAUGGAUUGAUGAUUUGGGCGCUGGGAUUGCCGAGGCAAAGCGAAACCAGUGGAGGACCCAUGUGCAAUUUUUAUCGGAAGUCGACCCCGACGACGCCAUCAAAAUUUCUUUUCAGGGAGCGGAUGAUUGAAGCAGCAGCAGCAGCAGCAGCAGGUCAGCUGCAGCAGGAGCUGCAGCAGCAGCUGCAGCAGAAACAGCAGCAGCUGCAGAAGAAACAGCAGCAGCAGCAGCAGCAGCAGCAGCAACAGCAGCAGCAGUUUCAGGUGGAUAAGGCACCGUUGAAGUCUCCGCCCCCAUUGAGUAGAUAA